AUGCCCCAAUGGGGAAGACCAUCAGGGGCGAAGGGGAGCAGGAGGAGGAGGCAGUGGGAGCAGGAUCAAGGACAUUGGCAACAGUCGCGUGUCGAGGAGCUUGAUAGCGAGGGUGAUCCAGAUACACAAGGCGUUGGGUUACAUUUGGGCGAGAAACGAUUUGCAAGCGAUCCGCUUCAUUUCACAGGUAUAGAUAUUUCUUCAAACACAAGGCCUAGGCGAGGAUAUUCAUAUGACGAGGCCGAGCGAUCUUCCGAGUCCGAUUCCGAGUAUUCAGACUACCACGAAGGUGGUGACAAACAAUUAGCUUUACGAGGGGAUAACGAGGAAGCAAUAGUACAAGGUGCUCUAGCUCGUAUUCGACGCGCUCAAGAAAAGGGAAGGCAAGAUGUGAAGCUCACGCAAGAAGAGCUUGAUGCAUUAGAACGCCGACGAAUUCGUAUGCAAGCCGCUGCUGCCGCGAAAGCUACCAGAAAAGGAAGCAGCGGAGGCGGAGCUGAAAAGAAACGACGAAGCGAUCGGAAAAUUGUUGAUAUUGCAUCUCUUAUGGACCCCAAGCCAGCCAGUGAUCCAAAGAAAAGAAAGUCGAAAAGAAAAUCUGGUAGUUCUUCACACAGUGCUGCCGCGGGACCUGGAAUUAUUGUUGAUGGACCAGAUGGACCCUCGUAUACUCCAAUAGGUGGCUACCUUCCUUCGGACAGAGGCACAUCUCGUUCUCGUUCAUCAGCACGUCAUGGCCAUUCACCCCCAGGUACGAGUCGACAUUUCUCUGACGGCAUGCGUCCUACUUCCCAUAACAACAGUCCUCGUCGUUCCUUACCCGAAGAAGAAAGCUGGCAUUCUACCAAUAACAAACGGACUUCUCUUUCUUCUCAAUACCAUGUUGCUGAUCCCUUUGAUUACCAGGUUACCGCUGAUCAGCCACCCCCCGCCCCGCAACAGUACACACAGUCAUCUUCAGGUCGUCAUAAUUAUUCUGGUCCGGCCGAUAUUUCUUACACUUCCGUUCGACGCAUUCCACCACAGGGCUAUGCUGCCACCGAUAGGAUCCCUUCUGAUUCAUCCCUCAGACAUCGGACUUCUCCGAGGGGAGAAAGAGAAGUCAUAACUAUUCCUGAUAGUAGUGAAGAAUCAGACUCAAGCGAUGAGCUAGCAAGAGGAGUACAAGUUUUUCCAGAGGAACGAGAACGAGUAGUUUCUAGGAGACCUGCACCUGUGAUUGGGAGUGGGAGUGGAAGCGGGAGAAGAAAAGGCAAAGGAAGAUAA